AUGGCGCCCGCUGCUAUCUCUCCUCCUUCAUCGCCACGGCCAUCCGCCGCUUCUCCUUCAGAAGUCUCGGCAUACCAAGGCUACCACCAUGUACACUGGUAUGUCGGUAACGCCAAACAAGCAGCCUCUUUCUAUGUAUCGCGCAUGGGCUUCGAGCGUGUCGCAUACCGUGGCCUAGAGACUGGAUCAAGAGCUACCGCCUCUCACGUUGUACGGAACGGCAACGUGACUUUCAUCCUCACAUCACCUUUGAGGUGUCUAGAGCAAGGCUCAAGAUUCAGCAAAGAGGACGAGCAGCUACUACGAGAGAUCCACGAGCAUCAAGAGCGCCAUGGUGAUGCCGUCAAAGAUGUCGCAUUCGAAGUCGACAACGUAGAUGCCAUAUACUCCGCUGCCGUCUCAUCAGGCGCAGCCACCAUUUCCGCUCCCCACGACAUCUCCGACACCUACGGCUCAGUCCGCCUCGCUACCAUCCGCACUUACGGCGACACAACGCACACGCUCAUUCAAAAAAAUGACUACACCGGCAUCUUCCUGCCUGGCUACCGCCCGGAAUCAUCCGCCGCCGACCCCCUCCAAAAAUACCUGCCGCAGGUCAAUCUCGAAGCAAUCGACCACUGCGUCGGCAACCAAGACUGGGAUGAGAUGGAAAACGCAUGCGAGUAUUACGAAAAGGUGCUUGGUUUCCAUCGCUUCUGGAGCGUCGACGACAAGGACAUCUGCACUGAAUACUCAGCGCUCAAGAGUAUCGUCAUGAGUUCGCCCAACGAUGUCGUCAAGAUGCCCAUCAACGAGCCGGCCAAGGGCAAGAAGCAAAGCCAGAUCGAAGAAUACGUUGAUUUCUAUGGCGGUCCCGGUGUCCAGCAUAUCGCGCUACGAACGGAUAACAUCGUUCGCGACAUUACCAACCUGAAAGCGCGAGGCGUGGAAUUUAUCAAGGUACCCGAGACGUACUACGACUCUAUGAAGAUGCGACUCAAGAAAUCUGGACUCACGCUCAACGAGGACUUUGAGGUGCUCAAGAGUUUGGACAUUCUUAUCGAUUUCGAUGAGGGUGGUUAUCUGCUGCAAUUGUUUACGAAGCAUUUGAUGGAUCGGCCUACAGUGUUUAUUGAGAUUAUCCAGCGGAACAACUUUGACGGCUUUGGCGCAGGCAACUUCAAGAGCCUGUUCGAGGCGAUUGAGAGGGAGCAGGAUGCGAGGGGGAACUUGGUUUGA